CGGCGCAAUCGACCCGUGGCGUUACUUGUGAGUCCCCGUGUAAAUCCUUUUCCGUGUUGGCAGCGAUAGACGAAAGAUGCCACUCGCCAUAGAUUUACUACACCCCUCUGCGGAGGAGGAGAAGAGGAAGUGUAAGCUGAAAAGGCUAGUCCAAAGCCCAAAUUCAUAUUUUAUGGAUGUCAAAUGCCCAGGGUGUUACAAGAUCACAACUGUGUUUAGCCAUGCACAGACAGUCGUGCUGUGUGUUGGAUGCUCUACAGUACUAUGCCAGCCUACUGGAGGAAAGUGUCGGCUCACAGAGGGAUGCUCGUUUAGACGAAAGCAGCACUAGGAGGCAGCACUAAUGCGAGAAAGAUGGUACGUGAAACUCUUUCCUGGCAAAAGAAACACCAGCAAUCUGCAGGCGGCGUGGCAAAGGAACUGUAAAAUAUUUCAGUAAACAAAUCAAUAAAUAAACACUUGUGAACAAGA